AUGAAGCACACCAAGAUCGUUAAGGGAGCCGUUCUGCGCCGCUCUAGUCAGAUCCUGGAGAGGUGGCGAGAGUACUACAAUCAGUUGUGUAACGAAGAGUUCUGUCAUCCUCCCAUCCUAACUGUUCCCAGCGUCGAGGGUCCUGUUCUACCAACUGCUGACGUCGAAGUCAGCGCUGCCCACGCAAAAAUGAAGUCGAACAAGGCAACCGGUCCUGAUGACAUACCUGCUGAUGUCUGGAAGCUGCUAGGAGAUCGAGGGUCCAUGUGGCUCGCAACUCUAUUUAACAAGAUCGUUGCAGAAGGACGGACUCCAGACGUUUGGCAAACUUCCGUGACCGUGCCUGUCUGGAAGGGGAAAGGAGACAUUGCUGACUGCACCUCGUACAGGCCUAUACGACUGCUGUGCGAUACGAUGAAGGUUUUUGAGCGUGUCGUGGAAGCUCGUCUGAGGAAAAAAAAAUUCCUUGUACAAGUAGGGGUUCAUCAGGGUUCAUCCCUCUCACCUCUGCUGUUCAUACUGUGCAUGGACACGAUAACGAAAGAAUUCCAGAAGCAGCAUCUGUGGACUAUACUCUUUGCCGGCGAUGUCAUCCUUGCGUCAUAG